AUGAUUAAAAAGUUUCCUAUCGACUAUAUGCACCAGCUGUGUUUGGGAGUGACUUGGAUUAGAGGUAGCCGGGAAGUCAAGUUGUCAGCUGGUCAGGUCGAGGAGAUCAGUAAUAGAUUAACUGGUCUGAAACCAUUUGUUCCAAGUUUCUUUGCACGUAAACCAAGAGUCAUGGCAGAAAUCGAUAGGUGGAAGGCAACUGAGUAUAGGCAAUUUCUUGUGUAUACUGGUCAGAUAGUUCUCAGUGGUAUACUAAGGACUGAUCUAUAUGAUCACUUCUUAUGCCUUAGCGUUGCUAGUUCCAUACUGAUAUGCCCUAGGUUAGCUUUGCUUCAUAGGCUGUAUGCUAAGCAACUGAUGGAAUACUUUGUGGAGCAGGGGAAGGUUUUAUAUGGCAAUGAGUUUAAAGUGUAUAAUGUGCAUAGCAUGAUACAUUUGGCUGAUGAGGUCCAGGAGUAUGGAAGCUUGGAUGCAUUUCCAUUCGAAAAUUAUAUGCAGAAAUUAAAAAGAUUGGUUCGGUCUGGAAAGAACCCUAUUGCGCAGAUAGCCAAACGACUAAGUGAGAGCUAUGGUGCCAUCCCGCAGUCCCGAGAAGCAGUAAUCAGUCUGAAGAAACCGGACAAUUGUUUUAUACUGAGUGAUUCAUCUUGUUGUGAGGUGCUUGAUAAAUCUAAUCAUUCCGAUGAUGGCGAAAAUAAAUAUUUGUGUCGUGUAUAUGAGAGGACUGAAGCUCUAUUUCAUCGACCAUGUGAUUCUCGCCUCAUUGGUGUGCACAAAGGGAAUCCACGGUGGACAACUAUGAAAGUUGUGUCAGCACAAUCCCUCAACAGAAAUGCAAUGAAGGUUGAUCUUGGGCCAAACAAGAUUGUUUUUAUGACUAUCCUACACAGUAACUAA